ACCCUGAGAUUGCAGAUGAGGAGAGAGAGCUUUGAAAGAGGGACUUCCCUGAUCCUCCAUCAUCUGCAGGGAGGGAAAAGGACGUACGCGCGUGCACACGCAGAGCCUCCUACACACACGCGCAUGCACACCGUGCUGAGCACUCGCAAGGAGCUUUAAAGCGCUUUUGCCUCGAACUCAACAAAAAAAAAAACAAAGACGCUCCAACCUGCCACGAUGGAGGAGAACAUGGACGACUCACAAAGCCAGAAAGGUUGUAAGGAGUGCUGUGAGCGAUGUGUGGGCAGUCUGCCUUGGGCUUCCCUCAUCGCCACCAUCCUCCUCUACAUGGGCGUGGCCUUGUUCUGUGGGUGUGGCCACGAGGCUUUAAGUGGCACCGUCACCAUCCUGCAGAACUACUUUGAAGUCAUCAGAACCCCCGGACAAACGCUGGACGUCUUCACCAUUAUCGACAUCCUGCAGUACAUCAUCUACGGCCUUGCAGCUGGAUUCUUUGUCUUUGGAGUGCUCUUGCUGGUGGAAGCUUUUUUCACCACUGGAGCAAUUAGGGAUCUGUACGGAGAGUUCAAGAUCACCGCUUGUGGACGCUGCCUGACCGCAUUUCUGAUGUUCCUGGCCUACGUCUUCUUCCUGGUGUGGCUGGGUGUGACCGCCUUCACCAGCCUGCCGGUCUUCAUGUACUUCAAUGUUUGGUCCAUGUGUAAGAACACCAGCUUGCUUGAGGGACCCAAAUUCUGCGUGGACCUGCGUCAGUUUGGAGCCGUCACCAUAUCUGAGGAGAAGAAGCUUUGCACGGGAUCUGGGAAGUUCUUGCAGAUGUGUGAAUCCAAUGAGCUGGACUUGACCUUCCACCUGUUUGUGUGCGCGCUGGCGGGAGCGGGAGCUGCUGUGAUUGCUAUGGUGCAUUUCCUGAUGGCGCUAGCCGCUAACUGGGGCUACCUGAAGGAUGCCAGUCGGAUGCAGAAAUACGAAGACAUCAAGUCAAAGGAGGAGCAGGAGCUGCACGACAUCCAUUCUACACGCUCCAAAGAACGCCUGAAUGCCUACACAUAAACAGGAUAGACACACUUACCUGACACGCACACACACACACACACACAACGAUCCCACACACACACACACACACUCGCAGCACACACAUCACGCACACAAGGAACGCAGAAAUACACACAUCGGUAACGCUAAAAAGUAUGAAAGCAAAGACACUGAUGUCCUCCUUCGUCCACAGCUCAUCUUUUGCUGACGUCUAUGUUAUGCUAGGUCCAUGCUAGGUCCAUGCUAGGUCCAUGCUAGGUCCAUGCUAGGUCCAUGCUAGGUCCAUGCUAGGUCCAUGCUAGGUCCAUGCAAGGUCCAUGCUAGGUCCAUGCUAGGUCCAUGCUAGGUCCAUGCAAGGUCCAUGCUAGGUCCAUGCUAGGUCCAUGCUAGGUCCAUGCUAGGUCCAUGCUAGGUCCAUGCUAGGUCCAUGCUAGGUCCAUGCUAGGUCCAUGCUCGGUCCAUGCUAGGUCCAUGCUAGGUCCAUGCAAGGUCCAUGCUAGGUCCAUGCUAGGUCCAUGCUAGGUCCAUGCUAGGUCCAUGCUAGGUCCAUGCUAGGUCCAUGCUAGGUCCAUGCAAGGUCCAUGCUAGGUCCAUGCUAGGUCCAUGCUAGGUCCAUGCUAGGUCCAUGCUCGGUCCAUGCUAGGUCCAUGCUAGGUCCAUGCUAGGUCCAUGCUAGGAUGCUAAACAGGACAGCCUUUAGUUGGAAUAAGACAUCAAUUGCAGUCGAAUAUUAGAGAUUCCGCAAAAUUUACCAGACAUUUGUUAGUAUUUUUGGGCCCAAAAGUCAACUACUGCUUUAGAGACUGUAGUAACUGAACGUCUCAAAGUACACGGAAGGACAUGAGGAAAUACCACAAAAGCCAAAGAUCCCAACUGUCCCGAUGUUUGUUGCAGGUAGUUGAUUCUUUUAAGAUUGUACAUAUUUUUCUUAUAUUUAACUUUAAAAAGACAUUGGGAAUACCGUAUAUAAGGAUUGUGAUAACGAACCUUGGAUCCAGGAAUGUCGUGUUUAGUCUAAUCGAAGAGUAUCCUUGAAUUGAUUGCUGGCUUUUGUGUUAAACACAAAUUCACACCGUGAAACCUCGAUUUUUUUCAAAUUUUUUUUCAUAUGAAAUAAUGUCGAUGCAAUUCAUCGUUUUUCCAGACACCCAAAAAUAUUAACAAAAUAAAUUUUAUCAGGAAUAAUUAUAGUUUUAGGAAACAGGAAACAAUGCAAAAUAGCGAUAAAUGACAAACGAAAUGGAAAAAUGGAAAUUUAACUUUGUCAGGCACCCGUGGAAUUAUACCGCAAAGGGCAAACGUAUCAUCGAAAACUUGGGGCCGUUGGAAAACGGUGGUUGGACCGCAUUAUAAACAAUCCAAGCCAACAUGGACGACGGUCGUCCCUCGUUUAUCGCCGUUAAUUUGAAGUGAAUUCACGCAACGUAGGAUUCAAUAUUUGUAUUCGGAGCAAAGAAAACCUGUUUUUGACUUUCUUAAUAUCGUUUUUCGAGUACUGCAAGACCCCUGUAGUCACUUUUACACUGUUACUAUUCUUUGUUUACAACACAUUGCUCAGCUGUAAUGUGCAGGCUAUGGGUCACUGCAGGGAAGAAACUUCAAAGAAACCUUCAAACAGAGUCAGGAAGGACAAAGUGUGAAGCCAAAAAUGUACCACUUCCGCAGGGAAUGGGAGGAGAACCUUUAAAACAAAAACAAAAAACGGGCGAACAGGCGGAAGGCUCGACAAACUGAAGCAAGAAUCAGCAGAAGACGAGGAAGACAUCAGUGUCUGUAAGUUGUUCUUUUCACGGGUGGGGUUGGCUGGUCUGGAGCCCCCAUUCCCCCCCCUCCCCUUAUCAAGCAUUCCUACGCUUACAUAUAUGGAUGGAUGGUCGGUGUUGUACGGUGGUGUUAUGCUGUGCUAUGUCCUUUCACCACAUCACGACGAGCGCUACUACAGACAAGCGUUGUCCACGGGAAGUUUGUACUUCAAAAAAGAGUACCGAUGGCUAGCUUGGCUAACUUCGAAAACCCUCCUCGUUCCUUUUCCCAACUCUCAUCCGGGAGCCCAAUUUCACGAAUUGCACUGCCAAGGAAGGAUGUACCACAAAUAACAAUUUAUUGUUUUCAACGAAAUGCACUUAAGCAAGUUUAACCGUUAAGGGGUGACCGGUAAAAGCGUACAUUGCAAUGUUAACGUACCAAAUAUAGCAAUGAUUGGAUACUUCAUUCAUUCAUUUUCUACCGCUUUUCCUCACGAGGGUCGCGCCUGGAGCCUAUCCCAGCUGUCUUCGGGCGUAAGGCGGGGUACUGGUCGCCAGCCAAUCACAGGGCACAUAUAGACAAACAACCAUUCACACUCACAUUCAUACCUAUGGACAAUUUGGAGUGGCUAAUUAACCUAGCAUGUUUUUUUGGAAUGUGGGAGGAAACCGGAGUACCCGGAGAAAACCCACGCAUGCACGGGGAGAACAUGCAAACUCCACACAGAGAUGCCCGAGGGUGGGAUUGAACCCUGGUCUCCUAGCUGUGAGGUCUGCGCGCUAACCCCUAGACCCCUAGACCACCGUGCCGCCCUGAUUGGAUACUUGACAAGUGGAAAUUUUGUCUCCGACUUGCUCCCGACUAAAUAGCACUUAACUUUAAUUGCCCCUCCUGCAAGCGUGAAAUUGGGCUUCUCUUCCUUCCCGUCUGCCAAUCUUUGUACAAACGUGUGGUCGGUCCUCAGAAACGGCACAUCUUAGCAGCACAAAGUUUCCAAUGUUCCGUCGGCGUCAUACUGUCUUUCCAGGUUUUUCCUCACUUUUUUGGAAUUUUUGCCACCGUUUUUAACCAGCAUUAUUCUCGUGUCAUUUUGCCAUUGGGGUAAGUGGAGAGGGCAAAGCGGGUUGGGGGGGGGCGGGGGGUGGGGCGAGGUUCACGGGUCGUUAUCACUUUCACAGUUUCAUGAUGUGAUUCUGCACACAUAAAUACACAAAAUAAAUACACAAACACCCACACGUGCGUAAACACCAAUCAUUGCGGAAGUUUGAUUCUAGGAUUUUUUGCUAUUUAGUACUUUAGGUCUUUGUACGUACUAUAUCAGGCCCCCGGUGAUACCAAAUUGUCGCUUUUUGUCACGAGAUGUAUUCAAUUCCUCACUGGAAAAAAAAACACGACUCGUCAUCGGUGAGAAGAGAUUACUGUGAAUGGCUGUUACUCGUGGCUACUUCGCGUAUUAUAACGUCAUUUAUUGCCACUAUUUUGUAGGAUUUCAGUGCAGUUUGAAAGAUGGCAUCUUAAGAUAAAUCUGUCCCGAGGCACAUUUAAUAUAAUAUAUCGAGAUGAUUAAGAGCUGUGAUGGAAUGUGAGUCUCUAUCUGCCAGUAGAGAUGGUCGAAUGAUGAUAUUGUUAAUAAAAACUGAUUAAUGCAGGGGUGUCCAAAUACCAAUACAAUGUAGAUAUGCUUAUAAGUUAUGCUGUACUAGUAUUUAGAUUCUUUAUUUUUUAUUUUUAAUAAUAUGAUAUUCAAUAUUUUGACACAACCCUAAUAGAAAAGUUGUGAUAUCAUGAACUGUGAACUGUGAUAUACCGUAAAAAGUAUUUUUAAAAAAAUGGUUUUCAAUAACUUGAAAAGAUUUAAUGAAAUUUUCAUUUAAAUUGAUGACAUUUUGGUGGAGAUCCGGCUCACAAUCUGGAUCCCGGAAGAUUUUUAAAUUGCAAGACGGGAUCAUUUUAGCCAUUGGUGUAUGCACGUAUCUCCACAAAAAAUGGUCUCCUUGAAAAAAAAAAAAUAAUAAUAAUUUCCAACAGUUUAUACUAAAUAUCAAAAGAGCGAUCCAAAGAAUGUAGAAUUAUUAUUUUGGUUUGAAUCACAAACUAUGGUGCUUGUUGGAUUGUUUGUGUUAUUGGUAUUAACAUUUCUACUUGAAAUCAUUACUUGCUAAUUAUUUGCUAAAUGUUUCUUAUUUUUGUUGAUAUUUUUUGUGUUUUCUUGAUAAUAAUCAUAGUUUAGUAGUUGAAUAUGAACAAGCCAUGAGCUGCAAAUGGCCCCCCGGGCCGCGCUUUGGACACCUCUGGAUUAAUAUCCUCAUGACGAGACAACCAGCAAAGACACACACACACACACACACACACACACACACAACACAACACAACACAACAAGACCAUCAUUGCCAUCACUCUGAGCCAUAACUAUUUUACUGAUCACCAACAUUUCACUCUUCUAUUAACAGCUUUUAUUUCUUCAUUUAAACAAAAAAACACAAAAAAAAAAACAACAACACGUGAGUCAUUUCAAUACAAAAAUGUGUCUUGUUUUUUUUUCUAGGCAGUAUUAUGCUGUUUGUGUACAAAUCUAUACAUAAAUGUGAAAGAGCUGGGAGGGAGAAUGAUUCCUGAUAGUUCAGUCUCAACAUCACGACUGCAUUUACACACACAAAGUACUGCACACUACCGGAGGACUAAAGAUUAAUUAUUAUUAUUAGAUUAAUUACACGGAUACCAAUUUGGUGAAAGUAUAGCGAAUGAAAUGAAAUCUUUUGAGUUGUGUGGUGUAAAUGCAUGCCAAUGAUGGACAAGGGAGGACUGAUGUGUUCAGGUUCAGUCAGUAUUUUUAAGGGUCUAGUUUUACAGUAACAGUAUUCUAUCAUUUCAUUGCCUGACAAUGGAUGUCUUGUCAGUGUUUUUAAACCUCAGAUAAAAAAAAAAAAGAGUUGUUUUUGUGCACUUAUUGGCCAUCGUGAGCUCUCUAUCUCUUAUUCUUGUGUAAGUGCAUUGACGUCCCUUCUGUGGGGCCUGUGUAUAGUCUUGCAACACUGGUUAUAUAACCUGAAGAAAUAACAAAGAUGAAAAAUCAAUUCAUACAAAUGAAGAAAAUCUUAUUCUUAGGUUUAAAAAAAAAAAAAAAAAAAAAGACAGUGAAUCUAGUUGUUGUUUGUGGCAUGGUUAUGCAUUCAAGUGGUCAUAAUUUUAACGAUUAAACAGUAUUUUAAAAAAAAAACAACAAAAAAAAAUACAUUUCCACUGGCGCUGUUCUGCUCUUUUUGUUUUGUUUUCACUCUUUAGCUCGCAGUAUUGCAGUCGCUGUUGCUAAUGGUGUUGCUAAGCUCGCUAGCCUGUUUUGUUGUCUACCACCAGAGCAAUAUAUUGUACCAUUUUGACCAAAAUAAAAAUAAAUCCUAACCUUACAUUUCUGGCAUACAAUUGCAUGAAAAAAAAACCUGUAAGUCUUACGUGAUAUGAUCCAUGGUGUUAUUAUUAUUAUUAUUAUUUCUUUUUUUUUUUUUUUUUACAGAUUUGCAGCUGUGAUGUAAUGUAUUGCUCUGGACGCCCGUUACCCAAUCAGCUCACAUCCUCGAAACAACUUCAAUCGAAAAUUUCUGUCUUUUUUUCCGAGUCAAAAGCACAAAGUCAAAGCAACAAAACUACAAGAGCUGCCAACAAAACCAAAAAUAAGCUUAGUAUCAAACUUGAAGGUGAGGUAAAACAUAGCGGUUGGGGUGUAAUGGUGCGCCUCCGUGCGCGAUUUAUUUUGGACACGGGAAGCGAACAACAUGCUUUCAUAAAUGGAAGUUCCUUAUUGGCUGAAGUAGCCUUGUUCUGUAUCUUUAUCGAACAAUGGCGGCACGCUACUUUGGUCAUAUCUACUUGUUUUUGUCCGUUUGGUACGCUAAUGUACCGAAGCGAAACAAAUCAAGAAUGGGAAUCCGUGUACCGUCUGAUGUCCGAUGCUACCAAAAUUGAAGCAUGUGAAGAAGCAACAAAACAAAGUGAUUAUUGAUGAUGAUGAUGAUUGUCAAACGAGAAGAGGAUGUGAGCUGUUUGCUCCUCGUUUCUUUGACUUUUCCCGUUCUAUCCACAAGUUCUUGUAAAAAAUCAAUAUGUGUUGUAACGACACGCCUCCUAAUCCCGCGUCCUUUUUGUCUGUCCACUGCUGACCUGGACUCACACUACGGUAUUCCUCCACCCUGGUUUGUGUUGUGUGUGAUUUCAGCAUGAAGCAAACCUUCUAAAACCUUGACUAGAAUUCCUUGUCAUUCCGUGCGGGUUUGGUGUUUGUGCAGCUCUAAAAUGUCAGCUGUCAAUCCAGGAUGAACAAUCUGUGCCUGAAUAAAUUGAGCUCUCGUUCAUCACGAGCUGCACACCAGACAGCCAAGCCGAUCAGGAGUCUGCUACCUGAAACCGAACGUCUAUUUCCAUAUGCUGUACAUCGGGUUGGACAUUUUGGACGUAGGGAGAUUUAUUUAUUUUUCACUUUCUCCAUCGUAGAUUUUUGUACUCCACUCUGGUUGCUUCGUAGCUUUGUUGGAUUCACUCCCCUAUUUUGUACAUAUCUGUGCCAACAGCUUGGGCAGACAGUGGCUUUUUUUAUUUGUAAAGACAUAAACUUGCUUGCAUAUAUAAAUAAAAGGAAAUACUACA